UAAAUAAAUAAAACAAAUCGAUUGUGCCGGGACUUUUAUUUUGAAGUUCCAAAGCGGAAGUGUCGGCAGUGUCGGCACUGGUUUGAUGUUAUUUGAUAGCGGGAGGAGCUGACAGCCGGAGAAGCGACAGGUGAAUGAUUUACAACCUGCAGUUUUUUUUUUUACCUGUCCAACGCUCAAUUACCUUAAUGAACCCGGAAGUGAGCCGGUUCUGCUGUUUCUGACAGCUCUGGGGUUCCGACAACAAGCAGCACACUUUGUUUCUUAUAGAGUGGAUAAAAGGACGGGAUCGCCACGGAGGAGGCUGGUUUAGCAGCGACUGAUCCCCAGGAGGACGCCUUCCUCUCUUAUAACGCCCCGCCUGCUCCGCUCUCUGCUGUUCUCGGGUCAGCCGCAGGUAGAGCAGCGACGCCGAAGCAGGAAGCAUGCAGUCGGCGGAGGAGAUCAUGUGCAGCACUCAGCAGGUGAUCGCGGGCCUGGAAGCCCUGAGAGGGGAGAACCGCAGUCUGCUGGAGAACCUGCAGGGGGCGACGGAGAGCCGGCCGGCGUCCGAUGGCGGCGUGGAGCAGGAGAAGAGCAGCAUCAUCCGACAGUCGCUGGAGAGGAUCGAGCUGGGGCUGAGCGAGGCGCAAGUGAUGAUGGCUCUGUCCGCUCAUCUCGGUUCGCUGGAGGCAGAGAAGCAGAAGCUGCGAGCUCAAGUGCGGCGCCUCGUCCAGGAGAACCAGUGGCUGAGGGACGAGCUGGCCGGCGCUCAGCAGCGGCUGCAGGACAAGGAGCAGGAGGUGGUCACCCUGGAGGAGCAGAACAAGCACCUGCAGUUCAUGUCCUCCAUACGCAAAUACGACCAGGACGAGCCUCCCCUGGAGGAGAAGCGGACCUCCAGCAAAGAGUCUCUGGAUGAUCUGUUUCCUGCAGAGGAUGAGGAGCCGUCUCAGAUGUCCCAGCCUCACCACAGCAGCGCGGCGGCCGCAGCGCAGCAGGGCGGCUACGAGAUCCCCGCCCGCCUUCGAACGCUCCACAACCUGGUCAUCCAGUACGCGUCUCAGGGACGCUACGAGGUCGCCGUGCCGCUCUGCAAACAGGCUCUGGAAGACCUGGAGAAGUCCUCGGGCCACACCCACCCGGAUGUAGCCACCAUGCUCAACAUCCUGGCUCUGGUGUACAGGGAUCAGAACAAAUACAAGGAGGCAGCGAACCUGCUGAACGACGCGCUGGAGAUCAGGGAGAAAACGCUCGGCAUGGACCACCCAGCUGUGGCAGCGACGCUGAACAACCUGGCGGUGCUUUAUGGCAAAAGAGGAAAAUACAAAGAAGCAGAACCUUUGUGCAAACGAGCGCUUGAGAUCAGAGAGAAAGUUCUGGGUACCGACCACCCCGACGUGGCCAAGCAGCUCAACAACCUGGCUCUGCUGUGUCAGAACCAGGGCAAGUACCAGGAAGUGGAGCAGUACUACGAGCGCGCUCUGCACAUCUAUCAGAGCAAACUGGGCCCAGACGACGCCAACGUGGCCAAGACCAAGAACAACCUGGCCUCGUGUUAUCUGAAACAGGGGAAAUACAGACAAGCGGAAGCUCUUUACAAAGAGAUUCUGACCAGAGCUCAUGAAAAAGAGUUUGGAUCCGUGGAAGGUGACGGCCGUCCUCGCUGGUCCGGCACCGAGGAAGGCGGCUCCGCCCCGGACGGCUUGAAGCGCAGCAGCUCCUUCACCAAACUCAGGGAGUCGAUACGCCGCAGCAGCGAGAAACUGGUGCGCAAACUAAAAGGAGUCGGGAUGGAGGAGAUGACGCCGAGGAACGCUGGGAUGAAGAGGGCAAACUCUCUAAAUGUGCUGAACGUUGGAACCAGGGAAAAUCUGGAUGGCACUCAGUCAAGUCACCUGACCGACAGUCGAGGCCUGAGCUGCAGCACGCAGAGUCUGACCAGACGAGGCUCGCUCGGCGGGACCAGCUAACGCAGGAACGACGCACGGAUGAUUUAAAUACAAGAAAAACUGAAGGGACGUUUUAAAAACUGGAGUGGGGGAAAGAAACAUGACGAGGAUUCCCCGCGAUGAGCCUCCAAAGGAAAAAACUGAGACGGUUGUUGCAAAAAAUCAGAUUAGCAAGUUUUGAUAUGUCAAUUUGUUCAUUGGAAAAUGACAAAAAAUAACUUUAUAACAACACUUUUUUGUCUCUGGGGUGCCCUAACACUGGACUAAGGCUGCUGUACCAGAAAGAGAAGUCUUUUAUCCGUUUAAAGCUUCUACAAAUCUUCCAUAGCGAAGAUUAGAGAAGAUUAGGCUUUAUUAGAGAAAUGGAAAGGUUACUGGGAGUCCUGGGGGAUGGAUGAGACUGGAGGCUUUUCGGCUGAAGAACCGAUAUGAAGCUGUGCGCAGGGCAAGUUGAUGUUACAUCGC